AGGCAGUGAAGGAGGGAGCAUUCCUCAAUGCAGCGAUGUAAGAUCAAGAAGAGUCAGGUGUGUAAGGGGGCGUGUCACGUGUUGUUGUUGUCCGUCAGCUGAUCAACCUUGCUGACGCCCGUCCACUGGAGUGAAGCUUGAACACAUCACCUCUGCAUCCCGGACCUUUGGGACACUAGAGGCUGUGACACAGCCUGCACGGCCCCAACAAACCCCCAAGAAGAAGAAGUCCACCGGAGUGUCAUCUGUGUGACACACAGCCUGCACGACCUCAACAAACCCCCAAGAAGAAGAAGAGUGUCAUCUGUCUGACCUUCUGUUUUAAGAGACUCACACCAACGGCAUCAUGGUGGUGGGGCAGCAGCAGGAGAUACCAUUAGUACCAGCAGAGCAGAGCCGCCUGGAGACUGUCAACACUUGUGUGGAUGUUCUCACUCACCUGGAGGCUGUGGUGGAUCAGGUCUUCUCAUCCAUUACCACAAGACUUGCUGACACCACAGCUAGACUUGAGGGACUGAGACAGAGGGCAGCUGAUGCUCAAGCCAAGGUGGACAAACUGACAGGCAUCACAAAGGCUACUCAGGUGUUCUCCAGUGCUCAGUACCCAGGUGGGGAUGUAUACAGACCCUAUCAACAGGUACACACAUGUGCUACCCCCCUCCCUUACCUGGCCACCCCAAUCAACCCUAAUCAUGAUCCAACUCUUGCCCAGUCUACACUUCAGGAUAAGCUACAAUUUUACCAUGUGAGGGAGCGGAAGAGCAUUGGGGGCCAGAGGGUUGUUGGUGGCCUUGUGGGCGAGGAGACAGAGAAGGAGGAUGGCUUAGGGAGACUGCCUCCUCAUCUCUCCUCUGUGACAUCUCUCCUUCUCUUCAACACCACACAUAAUCCAUAUAAGAAGUACAUGGUGUUGGAUCCCCUUGGAGUGGUGUCAGGUACACGUGGCGUUGCUCCCCGCAGCAGGGCAGGGACAGAACCUGAUAUGUCCCACACACUGCACGAUGCCCCUGCCACAAUGCAGGACGGUGACAAAGACAUCCUGGUGGCUAAGGAUGGCUACCAGUACCUUCCUGAUCUGCCUGAUGUGCCUGACCUUGAUCUGCCCAUGGAGCUGCCCUCACUUACUGGUGUGGCCAAUGAUCUCCUCUACGAGGGAGGAGCAGAUCACAACAUCGCUCCAUCCCUCACACUCCAUGAUGGACCUCUCUCCUUCUUUUCCUCCUCCACCCCUUCUCCCUCCCAACCCUCUGCACAGCCCUCUACACAACCACCCUCUCAGCCUCCCUCCCAUCCCACCCCCACUCUUGCUCCUGCCCCUGCACAGCCACCCACCUCUGUCCCUCCUCCUCCUCCUCCUCCAGUAUCUUCUGCCCCUCCUCCUCCUGUUCCUGCUCCCACUCCUUCAGCUCCUACCACAGGUGCUCCUCCUCCUCCUCCACCUCCACCUCCACCCCCUCUUCCUCCAGCAACAGCUCCUCCUGCACCUGAGAGUGUCCCUGCAGCAGCACUGACUGAGGCGCGGAGUGACCUCAUGAGGGCCAUUCAGGAAGCCGGAGGCAUGGGCCGGGCCAAACUCAAGAGUGCAAAGGAGGACAGGAAGAGGAGGAAGAAAGAAGGUGAAAAAGAAGAGGAAGGGAAAGGUGGUGGUGGUGGUGGUGGUAAGAGUUCAGGUGGCAAGGCCCCAGCAGGUGACCUCAUGAGUGACUUGUUCAACCGCCUGUCCCAGCGACGCAAGGGCAUCUCAGGGGCACAGAAGACCCCUAGUGAACCCUCCAGAAACCAGGCUGGUGGUGCAAGUACCAACACAUCCUCCACCAUGGAGAGAAUAUCCUCCCUCAUCCCUCCACCUCCUCUUACUUCAAGUGUGGAAGAGGAGGCAGGGGAGGGAAGUGAUGAUGAUUGGGAUUAAAAAGAUCUUACUCUUCUCUCUCUCUCUCUCUGAUUCUUUUCAAAACAGCAAGUUAUGUGAUAUCUAAAUAGAUUAAGUGAUUUUUCCAUUAAUCUUUAUCAUAUUCAUUAAAGUUAAUUGGCUUAUGCUACUAUGUUGGAAUAUAUAUAUAUAUAUAU